AUGACCGAUACACGUGAAGAGAAUUUUCCCUUCGCCAAAAACCAUGGCAUCGAUUACCUAUUUAGAAAAAACCUCCACAGUAUGGGCGGUAUCGAAGGGAAAAUAAAAACCAUCUAUGAAGAUUUCCAUGUGCACGAAAUUACGAAAAGUAACAACAUUUUGCAUUUGGAUCAGCUCAUACAUAGAGAAAAAAUUAACCAAAUUAUUCUCCAGAAUGAGGAAGACGAGAGGGAGAAUCUUAUCAGGAGUAUCUCCAAAACGGAGUUACACCUGGAUGUGAUAGCCAAGUACGUAAACAAAAAUAAUGUGAAAACGUUUCAGCAAUUUCUUACCUUGUUACACGACAUAUAUAUGUUAAAGAUGAAGAGUCAGGCGGGUGAGUUACCGGGGGAGGCAACAAGAGAUCUCUUGAAGAAAGUAUCCAUUCCAUACUGUCUCUUUACACACCUGGACGAGAUGCCUGCUUCUGGUGAGUCCCAUUUAAAUGAAAAUGGGGAUGCCACGCGAGGUGAAGAAUCCCUCUGUAGCGAUGACCUGCGCACAGAGAGAAACAAAGCUGCGAGAAGAAAUAUCCACAACGUUAUAAAGCAGUAUUACCCAUUUCUCCUGACGGAGACGAAAAAUUUGUCACAGACUGAAAGUGUCCUUUUCCAUGGAAAUAUACUACAAGGAAAUGAAAACCGUGAUAACAACAGUGUUGAAUUUAUUAAAGAAGAAAAGGCCGAUAUACACAUCAGUGCCAUACAAAUUUAUCCAUCCUUUAAUUGUCUGAAAACUAUUCUACCACAAGAUAUAUUUAACAAAUUAAAAGGAAAUGCGAAGAAAUCUCGGUUCAGCCAAAACGAUGAACUGGAAAAUGUUAUCUGUCAAAAGUUGGACCAAAUGGAAGAAAAGGAAAAAAUCAAAAAAUUGCCUGAACAGUUCAGGCAGUUUUAUCGAGAAGAAAAUUCCCCGGAGGAGUCUAACAUUGCUAAGGGAUUUUCCGAAAAUAAGAGAAGGAAAAUUCAGUGCGAUACUUUUUCCCACAGUUCCGAUGGCAACUGCACAGGGGGGGUGAAUAAGAAGGGGCAAGGGGAACAGCACGUCGAGGUACACGUCGAGACACACGUCGAGACACACGUCGAAGCGGAAGGAAGGGUUACUACUGCCAACCUUCAUGAUGAUUCCACCCUUGACAUUUCAAAGAACAGAGCACAGUGUGCGGACCCCCCAAAAGAGACCACUACAACGUAUGAUGAAGAGGGUAUCCCUCCCUACGGACAUGUUUCUCCUUCCAGUGUUAAUAAAAGAAGAGACACGGUUAACACAGAUUGUAAGGAGAUUAACCACGAGGAAGAGUCGGAAAACUCUGAGGGGGAGAACUUCCUGGAUAAGCUAAACCAUCACAGGAAAAGGAAAAGCGAACAAAAAAAAGGAAAAAAAUAUCUCCACUUUAAUCUAUAUAAAGAAAACAAAGACAUAUGUGAAGUGCUGCAUAAAAUAAAAAUAAACUUAAAAAAAAAAAACGGAGAUAUAUCAUAUUGUGGGAUUAAGGACAAGAGGGGAAUAACGGUGCAAAGGUUCUGCAUUCACAAGGCAAAGAAGUUUGAUUUGUUCAAGCUCAUAAUGGGGGGGGACAGUGACAGUCGGGAUAGAGGCGGCGAUAAAAGUGGUGGAAGGGGUGGCUCCUCCCCCUGGUGCAACAACGUCUUUGUAUCCAACCUCAGUUACAGGAAAAAGAAACUCUCCCUGGGUGAUUUAAAGGGAAACUUCUUCAAAGUGCUAAUAAGGGGCGUGGAAGACACCUCGGAGGAAAAAUUCUGCGCGCUCGCAAACAACUUCAAAAAGACAGGAUUUGUAAACUACUUCGGCCACCAACGGUUUGGAAGUAAGAAAAUAAAAAAUUACGAAAUUGGCAUUUGUAUACUCAAGAAGAAUUACAAGUUGGCGCUCUUCCACGUCAUUGAGAAUACCGGACUGGAGUUCUCCAAGAAGAGUCGCCUUAUUGAGUACUUGAACGAGUUGGACGGAACAAACCGGAUGGAAGAAAAAGGGGAAACAACAAACCGGAUGGAAGAAAAAGGGGAAACAACAAACCGGAUGGAAGACAAAGGGGAAACAACAAACCGGAUGGAAGAAAAAGGGGAGGUCCCCAUUCUGACCAGAACUAAUGAUAAGUCACAUGCGCGGAAAGAUGAGAAGGAUUAUCGGGCAGAAGCAGACGCAACCCCACAAAUUGAUGAGAACGCCGCUGUGCCUCCAUCAAGCAGCGAAAAAAAAACCUUCUUUAAAAAAAAAAAAGAAAAAAAAAUGAACGGCACAACAUCACACACAAACGCAAAAGAAGAGCAAAACAAAAUUCCGAAAGAAAUUUCCGAAAUAAUAAACUCCAUUCCGAGUCACUCUCAUGUAGAAAAAACUAUCUUGUUCUCCUUAAAAAAUGAUAACAAAUUUAAAAAUGCCUUCAUGAAUUUAUCCAAGGAUAUAUUUUCCCUCUUUAUCCAUUCUGCUCAAAGUCUCAUAUUCAAUAUCCUUGCGGAUAUUCGAAUGAACAAGUAUGGCUUUGGUGUCGUGGUAGGCGAUCUUGUCGAGUCGAAUCCUAGAAAUGAACAAGUUGUAAGCAGUGAUGAUUGCACUGAAAAUGAUGAAGAUGAGUCGGGAAGUGAUGAAGCUGUAUACGAAACGAAUGUAACCCUAGUGACAAAUGAAAAUAUUUCAAAGUACGAUAUAUAUGAUGUCGUUUUACCUUUACCUGGGGAUAAAAAUUUUUUGUUUCCUCCAAACCUGAUAGAAGAAUACAAAUCUGUGUUGAGCAGUUUGCACUUAUCAUUAGAUGACUUUAGGUCCGAAAAAAAUUUCUUCAGUGCACCCGGCGGUUAUCGAAAGGUCGUUGUAAAACCUUGUCAUUUCAAGUCCCUUUUUAUUAAAAGUGACGCAGCGGGUGAAGGAAAAAUUCCCUUCAUACGGAGUGAUUUGUGCAGGUUGAUGGAGCAGGAGGGGGCGGCGGCCAACGGGGCAACCAAUUCGGUCGCCAAUCCUGCGGCUAUAACUCGCAUACCGGACGAAAUACACACACAUAUUACCUUCGUCCAGAGUGACGCCUACCACGAGCAUUUAAUUAAGGAGGUACCCAACUAUCGAACGACAGCUUCUGUCUUUUUGACAUGUUCACUGCCCAAAUCAUCCUACAUCACGGUGGCGCUCCUGGAGGUGCUGAACAGUUAG